CCCGUUUUCAGACUCAGCUUCACGGAGGCACUGGCGACUGUGCUUUCCUGUGCUGAGGCAAAGUUGCUGCUGCUGGCGGAUGGUGAACUGAGAGCUUUGGCGAGCUGGGGAACCACAACAUGAGGGCAGUGACCUAUGAUGAUGUGCAUAUCAACUUCACUUGGGAAGAGUGGAAUUUGCUGGAUCGUUCCCAGAAGAAUCUCUACAAAGAUGUGAUGCUGGAGACCUACAGGAACCUCGCUAGUAUAGGAUACAUUUGGGAAGACCAUAAUAGUGAAGAAUAUUGUCAAUGUUCUAGAAGAUAUAAAAGGAUUGAAAGAAUUCAAACUCAAGAGAAACUUUCAGUAUAUAUUCAAUGUGGUAAACCCUUGACAUAUGAUACUUACCUUAAAUGGAAUGAAGGAACCCAUACUGGAGAGAAAACCUAUGAAACUAGUCAAUGUAGUAAAGCCAUUUCUUAUCACAGUUAUGUUCAAAUGUAUAAAAGAAGACACACUGGAAAGAAACCCUAUGAAUGCAAUCAAUGUGAUAAAGCCUUUGCUCUUUACAAAACUCUUCAAAGUCAUAAAAGAAUACAUACUGGAGAGAAAGCCUAUGAAUGUAAUCAAUGUGGUAAGACCUUUGCACGUCACAGUAAUCUUCAAAAGCAUAAAAGAACACAUACUGGAGAGAAACCUUAUAAAUGUAAUCAGUGUGGUAAAGCCUUUGCUCAACUCAGUCAUCUUCAAAGUCAUGAAAGAACACAUAGUGGAGAGAAGCCUUAUGAAUGUAAUCUGUGUGCUAAAGCCUUUGCACAGUACAGUGCUCUUCAAAAACAUAAAAGAACACAUACUGGAGAAAAACCCUAUGGUUGCAAUUACUGUGGUAAGGCCUUUGCACAGUACAGUGCUCUUCAGUACCAUAGAAGAACACAUACUGGGGAGAAGCCCUAUGAAUGUAAUCAGUGUGGUAAGGCCUUUGCAGCUCACAGUAAUCUUCAAAACCAUAAAAGAACACAUACUGGAGAGAAACCCUAUGAAUGUAAUCAGUGUGGUAAGACCUUUGCACGUCAUAGUCAUCUUCAAUUGCAUAAAAGAACACAUACUGGAGAGAAACCCUAUGAAUGUAAUCAGUGUGGUAAGGCCUUUGCACAACCUAGUCCUCUUCAAAGGCAUAAAAGAACACAUACUGGAGAGAAACCCUAUGAAUGUAAUCAGUGUGGUAAGACCUUUGCAGCUCACAGUAAUCUUCAAAGUCAUAAAAGAACACAUAGUGGAGAGAAACCCUAUGUAUGUAAUCAGUGUGGUAAGGACUUUGCAGAGCAGAGUUCUCUUCAAGUGCAUAAAAGAACACAUACUGGAGAGAAACCCUAUGAAUGUAAUCAGUGUGGUAAGGCCUUUGCAGCUCACAGUAAUCUUCAAAAGCAUAAAAAAACACAUACUGGAAAGAAACCAUAUAAAUGUAAUUAGUGUGGUAAAGCCUUUGCAUAUUGCAGUCAUCUUCAAUUAAAUAAAAGAACACAUACUGGAGAAAAACCCUAUGAAUGUAAUCAGUGUUGUAUGGCCUUUACAACUCCCAGGAAUCCUAAAAGUCAUAAAACAUCUCACUUUUGAUAGAAACCCUACAAAUGUAAUCUGUGUAACAAGAACUUUGCAGACCACUGUACUCUUCAAGUGCAUGAAAGCAUGCAUACUGGAGAAAAACCCAAUGAAUGAAAUCAGUGUUGUAAGGGUUUUGCACAGCACAGUCAUCUUCAAAGGCAUAAAAGAACAUGAAAAAGUAUGAAUGGAAUCAGUGUGGGAAAGCCUUUUCAUUUCUUAUUCAUCUUCAAAUGCAUAAAAGUACGUAUACUGAAGAGAAACCAUGAAUGGAAUCUAUGUGGUCAAUCCUUUGUCACAAUAAUCUCCAACUACAUAAAAUAAACCAUCCUGGAGAUAAACUAUGAAUUUAAUGAGUGUAGUCUUCAAAAGCAUGAAAAAUACCAUACUGCAAUGAAACUCUAUCAAGGAAUUUGGUGUGAUAAUGUUUUGCAAUUUAUACAGGAGUAAAACUUUUGCGUGUGAUCAAUCUGAUAAAUUUUUUUCCACAUUAUAAUAGUCCUUGGGUACCUGAAGAAGAAACUGAGGGCUCCUUCUUAAAGCUAAUACACUUACAGUCAUUUAACCAACAACAUUUACUCUUCAAAAAAAUUGACAGUUUCAACAAUCUGUUCAAGCACUAGGAUACCUCUUUAUUUUGUUUACACUAGCAAAACUGAUGGACAAAACCUAAAUUUUUAAUUUAUGACAUCCUAUGGUUAGAAGAGCUAGUCAAAGAAUUAUACCCUGGUACUGAAAUGAGAUCCAAAGGAAAACACUUUUUUCCUGAAUCUAGAGUUAGUGAAAGAAACAACCCUUUAAACAGAGCCAAAAAGGCAAAAAAAGGGCCAGUGAAGGAAACAUACUUUGGCUCUCAAACCAGAGCCAAAGAAAUACACUUCAUCCUUGUCCAACUGAGCACAAAAUCCAGCCCAUCUUUUAGCUUAUUCAAGCUCAGGGAUUGAAAUCCAACCAAUACCUCCCUUCCAAAUAUCCUUAGGCCUCUGGUUCUAAGAAGCCUUAUAUGAGCCAUUCAGUAGGCAGCUGCCACUUUCUGCCAUGGCAGAGGCAACCACACUCCUGGUUUCUUCCUUCCCAAAUACAUCUCUUGAUUGUGAUUUGUAUGAAGACCUUGCACUGAGAUGGAUCAGAAACUCCCUUGUGGAGCUGAACUGAGAUACAAUUGAUACUUAUCCUUAGAAACACGUUUAGCCCAGAAAGAGGACAAAACAAUGGACACCUUUUUUCAGCAACAGAGGUUUCUACUGGGCAACUCUCUUAGAAUGGAGCAGAUCCCAACUGUGAUGGCUCUCUCUCAGAAAGGAAUAGGAUGGCUGCAUCUAGUGGACUGAUCUUUCCUUUACAACUGUAGGUGUUGCCUGACUUCAUGCAGUAAGGGUACCUUUCCCUCCAGAACUGUAACUCUUGCACUAUGAAUAUAAAUAAAGUAAUCAUUUUAGAUUUUAUACUUCUCUUCAAUUGCAUGGCUUAAGUAAUUCAGAUAUGAAUCAUGGAUGUCUACUUGCUCCUUUUUUGCUGUGAUGUAAUGACUAUUUCAAAUUACAGAUGCAAUUUAUUUGGCUCUUGGUUCUAUAGGAUAAAAGGAUCAACAUGAAAGUGUCAUGACAACAAGUGUCAGACAUGGCACCUAAAGCAGGAGCUUAAGAAUUCAUAUCCUUAACCUCCCACAUGGAGCCGAGGAUGGGAACUGGAGUUGGUGUCUGGAUGUAAAUUCUCAUAGCUUACUCUCAGUGACAUAUUUCUUUCCACAUGACAGCAUGUCCUAAUUCUUCCCAAAUAAUACCACCAAUUUAGGAGGAUUAUUUUUUCUUACUUCAAGCUUAAAUUUUCCUUCUCUUUACACAAACCAAUUCAUGAUGAAAGUUGUUUUAAUUGUAAUUAUGUGAUGUAUGUGUGUAUGCCUGUAGGUAUAUGAAUUUGCAUUCUGUAUCCUGGGAAAAUUAACACUUUGGAUCAUCUUGUAGCAGGAAUUACAGGAAGCUGUUAAAAAUCUGAUCUUAGUCCUGGGAAUGAACAUUUUUAGUCACCUAGCCAUGACUCUAUUGCUGUAAAUAUGUUAAGUUUUAUUUAUAUCACUGGAAGUAUGGAAUAUGUGUAAACUCAUAAAGAAGAAAUCCCUGUUCAUGAGAACAAUUUGUUAAUGACUUUAGAUAUCACAGUUGUCUUUAGUUUCAAGAAAAAAUAUUUUGCAUGAUAGCCUUGAAGGAAGUAAAUUACAUACCAUGUUCACUCCAGACUGAUGGUGGUGAUCAUUCCAUUCUGAUUUCUAUUUUUAAACAUUUGUGGUAGUCAGUAAAGUGCUAUAUGUGUGGCAAAUCCAUUUAAUGAUGUUUAUUUUGUAGACCUUAUAUUCCUUCUAUGGCCUUUAUUUAUCUUCUAUUGUGCCUGUACCUAGUGAUAGGUGUUAAUCUGCUGUAAUGUAUAGAAUGUUGUCCCCAUUGUAUAAUUGUCCCAUUGGUUAUUGAAAUAUCAGGCCAUGUUUGAUUAUACUUUUCAUGUAAGGGUGGUGGUUUGUUGUUCCUGGUUUUGAUUUUCACCUUUUCACAAUUCCCUUGCGAUUUUGUUGUUUGUUAUUCAUUUUCCAUUGAAUGUUAGUAAUGAUUCAGGGAAACAUUUGAACUGAUGAUGCUCAUUUGUCUUGCUCUUGAGUACAAGUCCAAGGACAGAUGAUGAACACCCAAUAUGUGCUGUUUUUUUUUUUCAA